UAGCCUAUCACGAAGUGCUGCGUCAGAUACGUGGUAUAAUGUUUUGCUAAGAAUCGAAAAGAAAAGAUCUCAUCGAUAGUCAUUUUCCCCGUGAACCUGAACUUCUUCCCGUCCCCGAUCCAAAAGCAAGAACAGAUCUCCAUCCAAUUUUCCCGCAACCCAAACAUGUCAUCUUCUUCAUCCGAAUUCAGCGGCGACGAAACCGCACCCUUCUUCGGGUUCCUGGGAGCGGCGGCGGCUCUGGUGUUCUCGUGCAUGGGGGCGGCGUACGGGACGGCGAAGAGCGGAGUUGGGGUGGCGUCGAUGGGAGUGAUGCGUCCGGAGCUGGUUAUGAAGUCGAUAGUCCCGGUUGUUAUGGCUGGUGUGUUGGGUAUCUAUGGCCUUAUCAUAGCUGUCAUUAUUAGUACUGGGAUUAACCCCAAGGCUAAGUCUUACUAUCUCUUCGAUGGCUAUGCUCACUUGUCUUCUGGUCUCUCUUGUGGACUCGCUGGUCUCUCUGCUGGUAUGGCCAUUGGGAUUGUCGGUGAUGCCGGUGUCAGGGCUAAUGCACAGCAGCCAAAGCUGUUCGUGGGUAUGAUUCUAAUCCUUAUCUUUGCUGAAGCACUUGCUCUCUAUGGUCUCAUUGUGGGGAUCAUCCUUUCAUCCCGAGCAGGCCAAUCUCGUGCAGAUUAAAGGAGGCCAAGUUUCAGAAAAUUUUUGCUUCUGUAUUAUUUGCAGAUUGGCAGUUGGAUGCCUUAACAACAAUGUAAUUGUUAAGCUUACGAUAAUGUUAAACUGGAUCAUACUUGUCCAAAUUGUACUCUAUGAAGGCAGUUGCCAUGACAACUUUCCAAAUAAGCAUUUAUUAGUUAUAAGAAAUGUUUAUCCUUGUGUUUUGUCAA